GGUGUGAAGUGAAGGGUGCAAUGUAGUUCUAUUCACUCAAUCACAUAUAUCCAAUUCUCAUCCGUGUUGUACAAAUGUGUUCCCGAAUACAUUCACGGCAUUAUAUCCAAAUUCGCGUUAUGAAAACACGCGUUAUAGCAGAACGGACUGUACAUGCACACAAAUCCUGAACCGGUGUCGACAUUCAGUGUAUCAUCAGCACUCAGACUUGCUUAAACCAAUAUUGUACCGUUGACCUGACAGGUGUUCAUAGGCAAGAACUCACUCGACUGCUGAAAUUGUGCACUCCCGGAAGGCAGGCCCGUGUGGCUAACGGUAUGUGUAAAAUCACUUGCAUUGUCUAAGUGGAGGGACAGCUAUGGGAGGGAGGCGAACCGUAAGUUAAGUUAUUUUGCUGUUAUGACGGUAACACUGUUCUUACGGAGUGGUGGAGCACCGCUUAGCACAAUGCGCUACGCAUAUUCCCAACAUCAGUGGCACGUGACAUUUAACCUCAAGCUAGGACGAUUCUUCGAUUAAUUAUCGUUAUGGCUUUCACUUUAAUCCCCCCCUUCCCCGUCUCUGGCGUGAGUGGAGGAGUUCCACUUUGAUCCCCCCCUCUCUGCCUCCUCCCUCCCGUCUGCCCGCGCGCGCGCCCGGGACGCGUACGGGCACGCGUGGACUCUCCACUCUUCUAUGCGAGCCAAGAGCCAUGAGCGAUCUCAGGAGGAGGAGUAGGAUGAUGAUGGAAAUUAUUAUUAUUUCAUUUGUCUCGCGUUCCGAGGCGGUCGGUUACAGCAACUGCAGCGGCCGCGUCAGUGGAACAGGACAGACCGGCCGGUACAUUUAAGGGACCUUCCCCGGGCAGCCCGACACUCCACUCGAAGCACCCGAGGAUGCGGAACCUGAGACUGGUCACCUGUUUGCCGAUUGCUCUGCUCCUCGCCAUCACUGUUGGAGCCCAGCAGCAGCCACCUGAUGAUCGCUGCCCGUGCCCUCGAGAGGAAGGCAGCCGGGGGGAGCGGGGGUUCCCGGGAUCCUCGGGCCCCCCAGGCCCCACCGGCCUAAUGGGACCCCCGGGGUCCAGCGGAUUUCCCGGAGAGAGGGGCGACCCAGGCCGCCAGGGUCCAACGGGACCCAAGGGGGACCAGGGAUCCCCGGGGGUGCCGGGUUUCAUGGGAGGAGAUGGGACCCCGGUGAGGAGGUUCACGUAAACUUCAUCGCUGUCUCGUCAUCGUCAGCAUCAACCAAUUUGCAUCCACAUUGUCAUCAAUACCACCAUUACCACCAUCAUUCAUCACCUUCACCACCUUCACCAGUGCUGUCAUCGCCACUUCACCAACCUCAUCUGUAUCAUCAUUACGAUCACCACGCAUGUGAUCCAGCACUGUGGAGGCAGCAGCGAGGGUUGGUGGAUCACACACAGAUGGUAUGAAACUCCCCAUGGGCAUCGAGGAGGAGCCGUACCCUGGCUCGCCAGGAGAAGGCGGUACAGCAAAUAUGUGGAAUCCCCCUGUGCCGUCUAUACGGGAUAGAGCGCUUCCCCCCUUGCAUGUGCGGUUUUCUCCGGGUGCUCCGCUUUUCUACCACUCAUCAAUCAGCCACAAACACCUUAACAUAUAGAGAGGACGACAGAGGAUGGGAAAUUGCUGGCAGUGCCAUCUGCUCACCAAGUGGCUGCUACUGCUGCCUUGCCACUCAUCUGUGGCUCCUCCUCCUGGCGCCUCUGAGUCAUCACCUCUCUUCAAGAGCGAGCCGGCGCAGUGCGGCGUUGCAUUAUAAUUUGACAUCACAAGGAAGGAGGUGAUGGAGGUGGUAGUGAUGGAGAAGGUAAUGGAUAAUGGAGGAGGUGGUGAUGGAGGAGGUGGCGAUGUGCUCUCUGGUUGCGCAGGGUUUGCCUGGGGAGCUGGGGAAGCGGGGCCCCCCAGGGUCUGGGGGCCCCCGGGGGCCGCGGGGCGACCCCGGCCUGGGCGGGGGGCCUGGGCAACCGGGACAGCCGGGAUUCCCGGGGUUCCCUGGAGCAAAGGGGAUCAAAGGGGACACAACUUCAAUCCCGCCGGGUCUGAUCGGACCCCCGGGUGAUUCUGGAUUUCCUGGGAGCGAUGGCGAGCAGGGCCCGGCCGGGAACCCCGGCCGCCAGGGCCCGCCCGGGACGCCGGGACGCGACGGGCCCCCGGGCUCUGCAGGACGCCCCGGUGCCCCAGGAGACCCGGGAGACAAUGUCCCUGGGCUGAGAGGGGAGCGUGGAGAUGUGGGAGAUGUUGGGUUUCCGGGACCCAAAGGGUUCUCUCGGCUGGUGGAGACUCCACCACAGCCACUCACCAAGGGAGAGAAGGGUGACCCCGGGGAACCGGCGCGUGGCGGGGAACAGGGUCCACCAGGGCCCAGAGGGCAAUCGGGCUUCUCCGGUGAGCCAGGGGAUCCGGGAUUUCCGGGGCGGCCGGGGUUCGCUACGGGCCCACCUGGGGCCACCGGCCCAGAGGGGUACCCUGGGAGGAAGGGUCAGCCAGGAUUCCCGGGGUCACCAGGAAACCCAGGUUUUCCAGGGUUAAAGGGUGAACAGGGAGAUCGGGGUCUUCCAGGCCCUGAACCGUUCAGUGUGGGGCAGGAAGGCCUUCCCGGAGACACGGGGUCCCCUGGGAACCCCGGACCGUCCGGUGCCCCCGGGAAUAGGGGCACCCCAGGAUCUCCCGGUCCUCCCGGCCAGAUCAUCGGUGGCCCAGCUGAGGAUGGUAUCCCUGGGUUUCCAGGCACGCGGGGGCCCAAGGGGUAUUCCGGGGACCCCGGGGCCCAGGGGCAGGGGUACCCCGGCGCCCCCGGUCGCGAUGGAGUGCCGGGGCCCCCUGGAGCUAAAGGGGCCAGCGCCGGGCAAGCCGGUGGGGGUGGCGGCGGGUCCCCCGGUCAACCCGGGGUUCCCGGACGAGACGGCCCUCCCGGAACUCGUGGGAGCCCAGGCAGCCCCGGGGACUGUGACUGCCGCUCCAUGGCCGGGCCCCGGCCCUUCCCCGGCCGACCUGGGGCCCCCGGCCCUCCCGGCCGCCCGGGGAUGUUCGGGGGCCUGGGUCCCAACGGGAGCAGAGGAGACCCGGGGCCCUCCGGCCCCACUGGCCUCAACGGCCUGCCCGGUGCGCCAGGACCCACAGGGCCCCAAGGGGAGAAGGGGGAGCGCGGGGACCCAUCCAGGGUCUCCGCUACAGCUAAAGGCGAGAAGGGCAACCCUGGUUUGCCAGGGCCGAGCGGACAACCUGGUCAACCGGGGUCUCCGGGGUCAAGAGGACGAGAUGGGAACCCCGGGUUCAAGGGCCCCCCGGGAGACGCCGGCAGCAGCGUCCGGGGGGACAUCGGCCCCCCUGGGAACCCCGGGCGCCUGGCUGUUUCGGGACAGCCCGGUGCCCCGGGGAUGGGGCUGGUAGGACUGCCGGGAGUUCAGGUACCUGGCGACCCUGGGAUUCCAGGUCUGCCCGGCUUCCCCGGCGCACGGGGACCCCAAGGUGACACUUUGCCGUGUCCUGUGAAGGGAGAAGCCGGCCGACCGGGGCUGCCCGGAUUACCGGGCCCAAGUGGACCCCCGGGGCUGGACGGAUUCCGAGGGACCCCCGGGUUCCCGGGGACCCCGGGCCUCAAGGGGGACAUGGGGGACCCUGGGGUCCCAGGAGUGGGGGGCACACUAGGCUUCCCUGGGCCCAGUGGGGACCCAGGGCUGCCGGGCUCCCCGGGGCGCCCCGGAGCAACAGGGUCCCUGGGGCAGCCCGGCCGACCCGGGACUCCGGGAAGCAAGGGGCCCCCAGGGGAUGUGCUGGGGGCCCGAGCCGGAGAGCCGGGGCCUUCAGGGCCCCCCGGGCCCCCUGGGGAGAAAGGGAUACCCGGGGACCGUGGCCGGGAUGGGGAGAGAGGCAGAGAUGGAUCGCUUGGCUUUCCCGGGGUCAAGGGCGACCGAGGGGUCGGCGGAUUCCCCGGAAACCCAGGGCCUGAUGGAAGGCCGGGGCCCUCCUCACCGGGGCCCGUGGGCCUUCCCGGGCCCCCUGGAUCUUCAGGCCGGCCCGGCCAGAAUGGCUUCCCUGGCUCCCCAGGGCCGCAGGGAGACCCUGGGCUCUCAGUGUCCGAGGGAUACAAGGGGCUCACUGGGCCCCCCGGGUUCCCCGGGCUGCCUGGACCUCCCGGACCCCCCGGGUCACCGUCUUCUCUGGGCCGGGAUGGGAACCCUGGACAGCCCGGCUUCCCCGGCCCCAAAGGAGACCCCGGGAUCCUGGGCUUCCCGGGUCCACCUGGGCCCAUGGCACGCUCAGGGGAGCCCGGCCUGCGUGGCCCACAGGGUCAGAAUGGAGCCGCGGGCCGGCCCGGGGCCCCAGGGGCCAACGGCAGGAAAGGCGAGGGAGGAGACCCGGGGCAGCCCGGCCUCACUGUGGCCGGCCCUGACCUUCGCGGGCAGACAGGGGACCUGGGAGAUGCGGGGUUUCCUGGGACCCCGGGGUUCCCCGGUCGCGCAGGAGACCCGGGCCCCAACGGGAGACCAGGGGCCCCGGGUCGUCCUGGUUUCCCCGGCGCUCCCGGCUCCUUGCUGGGCUUUGUCGGAGACCCCGGGCUCCCCGGAUUUGCCGGAUUGGUGGGGGUCAAGGGCCCCCCUGGUUUUCCUGGACCCCCCGGAUUCCCAGGAUCUGUGGGACCCCCGGGAAGUGACGGCUUCCCAGGGCGCCCAGGAUACCCCGGCGGUGCUGGAUUCCGCGGCGCUAAAGGAGAACUGGGAGAUGCUCGGGGUCAGCCGGGGCCCCCAGGCUUCAAGGGCGAGGCAGGGACCCCAGGGUUGCCUGGGGCCCCGGGCGAGGCUGGGUUUCCCGGGCAGCCUGGGCCCCCCGGUUUCCCGGGUGGAUCUGGACCGAGUGGUUUCCGUGGCGACACUGGAUCCCCCGGUUUCCCAGGAGGUCCGGGUUCCGUGGGUGACGUUGGGGAUCGGGGCCCCGACGGGUUUAACGGCCCCCCUGGGCCCCUGGGCCCCCCCGGUCCGGGUGGGCCCCCCGGUUCCCCAGGGUUUGUUGGGAGCCCCGGGCUCACCGGACUGGAUGGGCUACCAGGAGGCAAAGGCCCCCCUGGCCCACCCGGUGUGGGGGUGCCGGGUCCCUUGGGCCCCCCAGGACGGGAUGGCUCACCUGGGACCCCCGGAACGUCUUUUCCAGGGUCGCCGGGGGAACCUGGGGGGCCUGGGUUGCCAGGAGAUAGUGGAUUCCCUGGGUUUCCUGGAGUGCCAGGACCCCCUGGGGAGAGGGGCCCUGUGGUGGGACCCCUUCCCGGGGAGCGCGGGACCCCGGGGUCCCCGGGGAGGGACGGGGAACCAGGGCGGCCUGGGUCCGCUGGCCGCCCGGGUGCUUUGGGACCCUCAGGGCCCAGGGGGAAGCCCGGCUUCUCUGGGGGCCCCGGAGGAGGCGGGGGCCCGGGGCUUGAUGGAGAUGCCGGGACUCCUGGGACACCCGGCAGCCCCGGCUCCUCCGGAUACAAAGGCAGCCGUGGAGAUCCUGGCGGACUGGGAUUCCCCGGGCAGGAAGGCUUCCCCGGCGACCCUGGGUUUCCUGGAGAGCAGGGAGACUCGGGAUGGCCAGGCUCACAGGGCCCAUCUGGGGCCCCCGGCCUGCCUGGCCCACAGGUGGACUUCACCGGCCUGAGGGGAGCGCCGGGGCCCAUCGGCCCACCUGGGGAGCUGGGCCUGGCCGGGCUGCCCGGUCCCCCGGGCCCCCAGGGAUUCCCAGGAGGCAGUGGGUCUCCGGGGCAGCCAGGGAAACAGGGAACCAACGGAUUCCCUGGCAGGAAGGGGGCAGCAGGGGAGCCGGGUCGAGCAGGGCCCCUGGGGCCCACGGGACUCCCAGGCGAGCGCGGCUCCCCAGGGGCGGCGGGCGCGCCGGGCCUGGUGAGUGAUGCCGAGCUGCUGCGCGAGGACGGGGGAUUCCUGCUCGUCAAGCACAGCCAAUCGGUAGAGGUGCCUGCAUGCCCCCAGGGCAUGGCACGCAUGUGGGAUGGCUUCAGCCUCCUCUACAUCGAGGGCAAUGAGAAGGCCGCCUCGCAGGACCUGGGCCUGGCGGGAUCGUGCCUGCCGCGCUUCAGCACGAUGCCCUUCAUCUACUGCGGCGUGGACGCCGUAUGCAGCUACGCAUCGCGCAACGACAAGUCCUUCUGGCUCUCCAGCACCGCCGCCAUCCCCAUGAUGCCCGUGUCCGGAGAAGACAUCCGCCCCUACAUUAGUCGGUGCUCGGUGUGCGAGGCGCCGACACAAGCGAUCGCUGUGCACAGCCAGGACAGCGAAAUUCCACGGUGCCCGCCAGGGUGGCGUAGCCUCUGGAUCGGCUACUCCUUUCUCAUGCACAUGGCGUCGGCGGAAGGUGGCGGGCAGCCACUGGAGUCUCCGGGCUCAUGCCUUGAGGACUUCCGCACAUCGGCCUUUCUUGAGUGCCAGGGCCCGCGGGGCACCUGCCACUACUUUGCGGACGAGCACAGCUUCUGGCUGGCACGUGUAGCGCCCGCCUCCCAGUUCGCGCCACCACGGCCCGGCACCUUCAAGGACGCGUUCGAGCAGCGGUCACGCAUCAGCCGCUGCCAGGUCUGCUUGAAGAACGUGUGAGCGGCGGCGGCGGUGGCGGUGAGGCGGCCGUCCGGUGGGAGGAAGGGGGAGCACCACCACGAUGGGCCCCGCCGGACCAGCCAGAGCCUUUG